CAUCUCCUCUCUCUUCUUUCUUUACAAUUAAUGUCGACAUCCAUUUCUCCCCAUCUACUAGUAUUUCCCUUUCUUUAUCCUUUUCUACACCCUCCUCCUAUAAACAUUUCUUUUUCUUGGAUAAACGGGUUUUCAAGAAUUAUAAUAAUUUUCACCAUUUUCUUGUCAUUAGAUUAAUAAACCCUUCUUAUGCUUAUAUAUAGAGAUUUGUGUUUGUGUUGUGCUUUCUCUGUUCGUGUUAAAACUUAUUACCUAUAAUUGAAAAAAAAAAAAAAAAAAAAAAAAGAGAAAGACAAAUUCCCUCUCUUUGGCACAUAUCCCAUGUCAUUCAUUGAGGAUCUUGUGCCCCUAGGCUAUUUUAUGGACCAUAUUAGAGAAAAGACUGGUUUUUUAUCAGAUACCAUUAUGCUGAAACUUUCUCAAUCUGUUUCCAAUACUGCCUGUGGUACUGCUGAUGAAGCGACAGACGGAUGCCGAGAUAACUCGGCUGCUCUCACCCUUAAAUUUGUGGCUAUCUCAGCCAUCCUAAUAGCGGGUGUUUGCGGAGUUGGCAUCCCAUUAGUUGGCAAGAAGCACCGGUUCCUCCGAACCGACUCUAAUCUCUUUCUUGCUGCUAAAGCCUUUGCUGCUGGUGUCAUCCUCGCCACAGGAUUUGUCCACAUGUUACCAGGCGCGACGUCAUCAUUAACUAAUCCUUGUCUUCCGAAAUCUCCUUGGAAGAUAUUCCCUUUUGCUGGUUUUAUCGCUAUGAUGGCUGCAUUGGGUACCUUGGUGGUUGACUUUGUUGGGACACAGUAUUAUGAAAGGAAACAAGAGAAAGAAAACCAAAAAGAUCAGACUGAUUCAGGGGACUUGGUGUCGGAAUCAGCUAUUGUACCAGUUGAGCCAAAGGCAAGGAAUGAUAAAUUGUUUGGUGAAGAAGAAAGUGGUGCAAUACACAUUGUGGGGAUGCAUGCACAUGCAGCUCAUCACAGCCAUAGCCAAUCACAAGAACAUGGGCACUCCCAUGGGCAUUCACACUCCCAUAGCUUCGGUGGUGGGGAUGAGGACGGUGGAGUGAGGCAUGUUGUUGUUUCUCAGGUCUUGGAGCUUGGGAUAGUAUCACAUUCUCUCAUAAUAGGCAUAUCAUUGGGUGUUUCAGAAAGUCCAUGUACAAUAAGACCCUUGCUCGUGGCGUUGUCGUUCCACCAGUUCUUCGAAGGUUUUGCAUUAGGUGGUUGUGUCUCACAGGCGCAGUUCAAUUCCCUUCGUUCCACUGUAAUGGCAACAUUUUUUGCCAUAACAACCCCCUUGGGAAUCGCUAUAGGGAUUGGAGCUGCUUCAUCUUACGAUCCACAUAGCCCGAGAGCUUUGGUGGUGGAAGGGAUCCUUAACUCAGUAUCUGCUGGAAUUCUAGUCUACAUGGCUUUAGUAGACUUAAUUGCUGCAGAUUUCUUGAGCAAGAGAAUGAGCUGCAAUACAAGGCUUCAAGUAGUUUCUUAUUUUGCUUUAUUCUUAGGGGCUGGACUCAUGUCCCUUCUUGCAAUAUGGGCAUGAUAAUACCACAUUUAUUAGAUGCAUGUAAUAUUUUUUUGUUUUUGUAUCUUAUUAUUAUUAUUCAUAAAAUGAGCCAAGCAAGCAAUUAUUUACAAAAAAAAAUUUCCUGUCAUUUACUUCUCCUUGACCUUGGGGAGGAUGUUGUUGUGGGCCCUGGCUGGAAGGGUGCUUAUGUAGUUAAUUUGAAGAUGGAGUUGCAAACAGAGAAGAGAAAAGAAGAGAAAUGUUGUAUUUAAGUCAUGCAAUCCGUUUUCUUUGUUUUGAGAUA